GUGGGGAGCGGAAAGAAGGAGAAGGAGAGAGGCGGAUUGGAAGUCAUGUCGCAGUUUUCUGUCUAGAGUGUUUCCGAAAGAAAUACGAAAUAACCGCUGCUUAACUGGCUAGAUCUUGUAUCAGACGACCAUAGAAAGUGUUAAAGAACCGUUUCUUUCAUUUUGCGACAUUUGUUUGCUCUGACGAACAGUACAGAGCGGAUUUGUGUUCGUUACGGUUUAGAUUCCACCGCGGGAUUCGUCGUCAUUCAGUCGCCGCGGGUCACACGACGGACACAUACAGAGAUUCGUGCUGGUGGAUGAACCACACAGGCGUUGACACGGUCGGACCGCAGGUACUCUUGUUUUUUAGCUCUUUGGAGCGAAGAGGCCAUUUGUUGGUUUAAACGGCCACACCGUUCUCAAGCGACGAUACAGGCCUGAAACUGGUGGGGGUUAUUGAAACUGAAAGUCAUUACUGUGGACUGACUGAUGAGACAGAGGUGGAUUUGAGAAAAUUAAAUGCUGAGAUGAUUCAUAACUCACUCUGUGGAUCAACAUCUGUAUCUGUUUUAGAUGAAACCAUGACCUCCAGAAUGAAUCUCUCUGAAGAACAUAAAACAAAGAUAAUGACAGUCAAGAGUUUGAUUCAGGAGGGUGAAUCAGAUUCACCUGAACACAUCAAUGUAUCUGUGAGGAAAAAACAACUGAUGGAUCUUUCAGAUCUCUGUAGAGAUGAAGACUCUUCUGUUGAGCCCAGUCUGUUGCAGAAUGAAUCUCCUGAACCCAGCUGUGUGUCCAUGAAGAGUGACGCGUCAAUGGAUUGUCCACCUGCUUUUAAUUUGGGAGAAUCAUCUGCUGAUCUGAGCUACAGUCAAAAACAUGAAGGACCAGAAUCACAUACAGCAAAGAAGAACUUAGACUCCAUUUUCAAGGAGAUUGAGCACAAAAUAAUUUCUGAGUUAAAAAGCUUUAAGAGACAACUGAGUCCAGAUUACCCAGAAUGCUCUGAAAGAGACCAUUAUGAUGAUGAGGGUCAUAACAGAGUCAGAGAGGGGCUUCUGAAGAUCACACUGAUCAUCCUGAGGAAGAUGAACCAGACAGACCUCGCUAACACACUAGAGACCAAACUGAUGCCUGUGUAUCAACAAAAACUCAAAUCCAGACUACAGGACAAAUAUCAGAGAAUCAGUGAAGGAAUGUCCAAUCAUGGAGACUCAACACGUCUGAAUGAGAUCUACACAGAGCUCUACAUCACAGAGGGAGGGAGUGGAGAGAUCAAUAAUGAACAUGAACUGAGACAGAUUGAGACAGUGUCCAGGAGACCAGAGACACAGGAAACACCAAUCAACUGCAAUGACAUAUUUAAACCCUCACCUGGACAAGACAAACCCAUCAGGACUGUGCUGACUAAAGGAGUCGCUGGAAUUGGAAAAACAGUCUCUGUGCAGAAGUUCAUCCUGGACUGGGCUGAAGGAAAAGCCAAUCAGGAUGUUCAUUUCAUAUUUCCACUUCCUUUCAGGGAGCUGAAUUUGAUACAGAAAAAUCUCAAUCUUAAGCAACUUCUAAAUCACCUUCACCCAGAAACCAAAGAAUUUAAGUCAGCAGAUUAUGAUGAUUACAAAGUCAUGUUCAUAUUUGAUGGUCUGGAUGAGUGUCGACUACGUCUAGAUUUCCAAAACAAUCGGAGCUUGUCUGAUGUAACAGAAUCAGCCUCAGUGGAUGUGCUGCUGACCAACCUCAUCAAGGGGAAUCUACUUCCUUCUGCUCUCCUCUGGAUCACCUCUCGACCAGCAGCAGCCAAUCAGAUCCCUCCUGAGUGUGUCGACCAGGUCACAGAGGUACGAGGAUUCAACGACCCUCAGAAGGACGAAUAUUUCAGGAAGAGAAUAAACGAUCAGAGUCUGGCUGAUAGAAUCGUCACACACAUCCGAUCAUCAAGAAGUCUGUUCAUCAUGUGUCACAUACCAGUCUUCUGCUGGAUUUCAGCCACUGUUCUAGAGAGGAUGAUGGGUAAAGCAGAGAGUGCAGAGAUUCCCAAGACUCUCACACAAAUGUUCACACACUUCCUGAUCUUUCAGACCAAACUGAAGACACAGAAGUAUGAUGGGAAAUAUGAAAUCGAUCCUGAUCAGGCUAGAAAGACUAUUCUGUCUCUAGGAAAACUGGCUUUUGAACAGCUGGAAAAAGGGAACCUGAUCUUCUAUGAGGAGGACCUGAAAGAGAGCGGCAUUGAUGUCAGAGAAGUGUCAGUGUACUCAGGAGUUUGUACCCAGAUCUUCAGACAGGAGUUUGGACUGCAGCUGGGGAAGGUGUACAGCUUUGUUCAUCUGAGUAUUCAGGAGUUUCUUGCUGCUUUAUUCAAGCUGCUGUCCUUUUCUGAACAAAACACAGGACGGAUGAAUGAGUUCAGGUCACCAAUGACCAGUUUACUGAAGGGAGAAGUGGACAAGGCCUUACAGAGUGAGAACGGACACUGGGAUCUUUUCCUCCGGUUCCUUCUCGGUCUCUCACUAGAGUCUAAUCAGACUCUCUUACAAGGCCUCCUGAGAAAGACAGUAAGCAGCUCUGAUAUCAAUCAGGAAACAGCUGAAUACAUUAAACAGAAGAUCAGGGAGAAUCGCUCUCCAGAGAAAUCCAUCAACCUGUUCCACUGUCUGAAUGAACUGAAUGAUCAUUCACUAGAGCAGGAAGUCCAAACAUACCUGAGCAAAACAGGUUACAGUCGUCUCUCUGGAGUCAAACUGUCUGCUGCUCAGUGGUCGGCUCUGGUGUUUGUGCUGUUGAACUCAGAAGAAGAGCUGGAUGAGUUUAACCUGUGGAAAUAUGAUCCAUCAGAAGAAUGUCUCCUGAGGCUGCUGCCAGUGAUCAAAGCAUCUAGAAAGGCUGAGUGAGUAUUUUACAGUGUCUUUGUUUUAUUGACUUUAUUGUAUACAGUAGGCCUUUGUUUCUCUACCAUGUUUCUGUAUAUUUUGAGGUGUUUCUUAUGUGACACACUGAGCUAACAUCAUAGAGUGCUCUACUAAUGACCUGAUGAGCUGAAUCAAGUGUGUUUGAUAAGAGAGAUUCAUCCAAAAUGUGUAAAGUUGAGGUGCCUUCAGGAACAGGGUUGUGACUCUCUGAU